CGAGACGUUCCGGGGCUCGGCGCUGCUCCGUGGCCGUGCGGGGAUGGGGAGCAGCGCCUGGGGCUGCUGGAAACGCCAGGACACAGAAAUAUCUGCGUCUCUGAGCAUCUCUGCAGGGAAAUAACGCCCCGAUCCCUGCCGGGGCUCUGACCCCCUUUGCCUGUGCCAAGGCUGUGCCAGUGUCCUUGUGCCCCCAGCCGCGGGGCUGUGGCUGCUGUCCCCUUGUCCCCAGGAGGGAUGUGGCGCUGUGUUUGCCCCUGCACCCCCUCCUCAGCCCGGAGAUGAUGUUUUCUCCCAGCCGAAGGUGCUGACGAGGCUGGGGGGAGCCCGGCCGAGCCCGUGCGAUCGCCGCCAGCCCUGUGCUGUCCCCUCGGUGCUCGCCGGUGUCACAGCCAGCCCGGGUGGCCUUUGGGGCUGUUCCGAGCAGCAGAGGGGCGCAGGGACUCCAUCAGCAGCGUGUCCCGGGGACCUGGACCAUGGUUCCGGAGGUGCAGGCAGCGUCUUCCCUCUGUCCAGCACGCAGUGACGGGGAGCCCCGGCGGGGCAAUGCAUCCUGAAUGGGGCUGAGGCCCCCUGCCCGGGAAUAUGCAGCCUCGGCACCGCGGGGGCAGCACCGGGGCCGGAGCGCGGCGGGAUGGUGGCAACCUUCAAGAUCGCCGUGCUGGGAGCGCAGGGCGUGGGCAAGAGCGCCAUAGUCCGGCAGUUCCUGUACAACGAGUUCAGCGAGGUGUGCGUGCCCACCACGGCCCGCCGCGUCUACCUGCCCGCCGUGGUCAUGAACGGCCACGUGCACGACCUGCAGAUCAUGGACUUUCCCCCCAUCACCGCCUUCCCUGUCAACACCCUGCAGGAGUGGGCAGACGUGUGCUGCAGGGGGCUCCGGAGUGUCCAUGCCUACAUCCUGGUCUAUGACAUCUGCUGCUUUGACAGCUUCGAGUACAUCAAAACCAUCCGCCAGCAGAUCCUGGAAACGAGGGUCAUCGGCACCUCGGAGACGCCCAUCAUCAUCGUGGGCAACAAGCGGGACCUGCAGCGGGGCCGGGUCAUCCCGCGCUGGAACGUCUCCAACCUGGUGAAGAAGACGUGGAAGUGCGGCUACAUCGAGUGCUCGGCCAAGUACAACUGGCACAUCCUGCUGCUCUUCAGCGAGCUCCUCAAGAGCGUGGGCUGCGCCCGCUGCAAGCACGUCCACACCACCAUCCGCUUCCAGGGCGCGCUGCGCAGGAACCGCUGCACCAUCAUGUGAGGAGAGCCCUGCCAGGGGCACCCCAAACCCUGGGAUGGUUCUGCUGCACCAUCCUGUGAGCCCAGGGACCCCCCCAAAAUCGGGGGUGGUUCUGCUGCACCAUCCUAUGAGGAAACCCCUGCCAGGGGCUGCCCAAAUUUGGGGAUGGUUCUGCUGCACCAUCCUGUGAGACCAGGGAGCCCCCAAACUCGGGGACGGUUCUGCUGCACCAUCCUGUGAGCCCCCUGCCCAGGGACCCCCAAACCCAGGGAUGGUUCUGCUCCCUGGGCAGUGGGAGCUGUGCUGGAGGCACCUCUGGGCUUGCUGAGGUGACAUUUGGGGACAGGGGGUGCAGGGGGACAGUGAGGGGUGAGGGAUGGCCCUGAGCUCUCUGCCAGCCUGCAGAGCUUGAGGCCAAAGCCAUCCCAGGGGGUUGUACACAGCACUGGAGGGUGGAGGAGGCGCCCAAAUUUUUGGCUGUCACUUCAUCCUUGCCAGUUCCUGCCCUGGCAGCACAGGGGCAGCUCCUGGUGCUGCCUCAUCACCUGCUCCUGGAAGGGAAUUAUCCAGCACCUGUAUCCCAGUGUUCUGGGGGUGGUCCUGUCCCUGGGGCACAGGGAAACAGGAGUUCUGCUUUUCCCCUGGUGGGAUUUCUCCCCAUGGAGGGCAGAGCAGCCAGGUUACAUGUGCUGUCUUUUGGUUUGGUCAGGUCAGAUCUCCAGGCGGAAUUUCUGGAUGAAAGCAAAAAAAGGGGGGAAAAAGAAGUCCUAAUGCUGCUCCUGACACCCCCAGGAGCUGGGUUCUGCCUUCCCAGGGCUCUGAGCCCCCCUGUGCCCCAGCACAGCCCCAGCACAGGAAGGCUGUGAGCACCAAAUAACCUGGGAACGCUCCUUGCGGGGCAGGUCACCCCUCUGCUACCUCUGCUCCUGGGCUCAGCAGGUGACCAGCUUUGCACCCCAGCCCCGGGGGUGUCCUGGGCAGGUGGGCAUCCCCCUGUGCCCGCUGUGCCCCCCUGUGCCCCCGGCAGUGCCACCGGGCUGGGUUUUCCCACAGGGAUGUUGCCUCGGCAGCAACAGGGAGCUGGAGCAGCACUUCCAGCUGAAUUCCUGCUUUGGUUUUUUGUUUGUUGUUUUUUUUUCUCUCUGCAUAUCCCUAAUAGCAAAGUGAGUCCCCCAUGUUUUAUUUUUUUAAUUGUUGGAUUAUUAUUUUUUAAUCUUCUGGUUUGUGUUGGCACCAGAGCUGCAGCUCGCCUGCAUGCUGCCCUGCAGGGUGGGGCUGGCAAAGGGCAGCCCCUGCUAGGAAAUGGUGAUGGGGUGGUGGAGGCAGAGCAAGAGGCAGAGAGGGUCGUGGUUUCUUCAUGGCUGGUCCCUGUGAGACACAGGGAAACACCAUCCUCACCUGCUUGAGGCAGGAUCUGAUCUGAUCCAUCCUCCAGCAAAUCCAUCCCCGCGAUCCCUGCUGCCACAAGGAGCUGGAGGUGUUCAUCAGAACAGGACACCCAUCCCCUCUGCCACCACAGCCAGGUGUCCAGCACUGCUCCACUGUGCUCUCGGAAUUGCUUCCCAUCAAAGGCAGCUCCAGCUGAGCUCCAGUGCCUCUGACCACCCCAUCCCUGUGCCAGGGCUGGGGGUGCAUCCUGCUCCUCCCGCUUGGGGAAUCAAACCCCUCGCUCCAAAAUUUAAAACAAAAAAAGGGAAAAAAUUGGGAAAGGCAAUGGGGGGGACACGAGUCCAUCUCAGCCAGGAAGGGCAGUGGCACUUGUCACCAUCCCUCGCCUUCAUGGCAAACCUGGCUCCCUGUCCAAGCUCAUCCUGACAGGAUUUAUUAACACAUCUGAGUCCACUUAUUGAUCUCUGGCUAGAGCUUUACCCCUCCAAAUUAUCUGAGAAGGAGAUUCCUUGGUAAAUGCUAAUAAUGAAGCAUUUCUAAAGUGCUCACACGUACACAUAUCAACGACUAAGCCAAUACAUUGUUUGUUAUAACCCUGUAGCCUGCAGUUUAUAGCACAAUUAGUUACAGGUUUUUAUAGCAUCUAUUUAGUAUUUUGAAGAAAAAAAAAGAAGAAAAAAAAAAAGGUUAUAAAUAUAAUUGUUAUAUUCUAUUGUACUUUAUAGACAGAGGAAGUUAUAUUAGUAAUAACAACAACUCUCACUGCUUCUGCAGCAUUUCCCAGCUCCUGGAAGAACCAGGGCUACACAGAGCUCCUCUCCCCAGAGCCCAGGAAGGGGUGGGUGGUGCAGGCAGGGAGAUCCCGGCUGUCCAGGCACAGGGAUUGGAGCACGAGCACCCUGCGGCCCUACUCACACCUUACUACAGAUUUACCACUCACCCAACGCCCCCCUGCUCCUGCUGAGAGCAGCCCGGGCCUGGCACAAGCUGGGAUGUCCCCAUUGCUGUGCCCAGGGCAGUGCCAGCUCUGUGCCCUGUGCUCCUGGGGGUGAUGCUGGGUUCACCAAGGAUGCUCCCCUCUCCUCCUCCUCCUCCUGCCCCACUGAGCAUCCCAAGCCUGGACUUGGCUUCCCUUUCCCCCCUGGACUCCUUGUUGGAGAUUCCCGAGGUGUCUGCACCGCCUGUGACGCCCUGCACCUCCUUCUUUGAAAUUGAAUUAAAAAUCAGGUCUGUCCCCUUGUUCUG